AGGAUGUUGUAGGAUUUAUUAUCCUAAAGCAAGAGCUUCAGUCUGAUGCAGAAAAGAAGAUGACAGACAUGCCCAUGCUGCUCUAAAGCUACUUUGAUAGCUGCACAACAGUAUUUUUAGCCAGAAAAGUAGUUGAGAAAUGGCUGUGGAUAUAAAACAAAAGCAGUCUUUAAAAAAUGCGCUUUAUGAGGGCUGGUACUGAGCAGGGAGACCUGUGACUCAUUCUCUCCUGAUUUCAUUGAUGACAAUUAGAUAAAAAGGGAGCUUUGCAUAAGAAGAGAUUGACAAUUCUGGAUAUGUUCUACUGAAGAUGGCUGAAGUGGAUUUAAGUGUGUCUGGUGCCCCGUUUUCUUUUUCUUUUGGAGCUAGUGGUUUUCUUGCUGUUUAUGAAAUAGGUGUGAUCCGGGGCUUCUUGGAACAAGCCCCUGGAAUAUUGAGGUCUGCGCCAAAAAUAUAUGGAGCAUCAUCUGGCUCAAUCAUAGCAGCAGCUGUGGUGUGUGAACUUAAUCUGGAUGAUGUAAAAAAGUUUUUCUAUAGGGCUGCACAAGAUACCAGGAAACCCAUAAUUGGCCCUCUUGCCCCUGGUUGCAGUGUGGUCCGUAUCCUGCAGAAAAGACUGCACCAAAUUCUGCCAGAGAACUCUCACCAGAUGGCCACAGGGCGGCUUUAUGUUUCUCUCACCCGUUUGGUAGAUGGCCAGAAUGUUGUGGUUUCUGAGUACAGUUCCAAAGAGGAGCUUAUCCAGGCAUUGGUUUGCAGCUGCUUUAUCCCAAUCUAUGCUGGCUUCAUCCCUCCCUCCUUCCGAGGUGUGCGGUACGUUGACGGAGGUUUCACUAACUUGCAGCCUUGUUCCGACUUGGAGACUGCCAUCACGGUGUCUCCUUUCACAGGAGAGACUGACAUCUGCCCUCGGAACUGCCCAGCAAUGUUCUAUGGCUUUCAUAUCGCAAACUGCACCAUUCAGAUAUCCAUAGAGAACUUGUGCAGAGUUAGCUAUGCCAUAUUUCCACCUAACUGCCGGGUUUUGAAUGACUUUUAUUCACAAGGAUACCUGGAUGCCAUUCUCUUCUUGGACAGAAACAAUAUUUUUGAAAUCUGCUCUCGUGCCAAAACAGUUGAACUUCUUGGUGUCUUCAGUAAAAAAGAGUUGCUCCAUGCUGGUGAAGCGGCUUCCUGCCAACAACCAAGGGCGAACGUCCUCAGCACGCCUAUCAGGAAAGUUUCUAAAGACUUCUCCAAGCCCUCUAAUUGUAAGAAUGGUACAGUCCAUAGAGCAGGCAGCAGACUAUUGCCACAACUGUCUCUGCAUUAUCCAAAAGCUUCAGCUAUCUUACAAAUGCAGAAAACACCCGGGUUGCUAAGUAUGGUAACAAAAUUCAUAUUGCAACAAAUUACAUCCAUUAAACCUUCUACAAGAGUGGCAUGGUCUUUCUGUAAAAGGCUGUGGCGUGUUUUGGAAGAGAUCAGCUGGCUGGGAAGACAGUUCAAAAGGUCUAAGUGAUGGUUUGUCAGAUGCAACCGGAACAAAGUAUUAACAAAGUAUAUUGCUCUCUAAAGCAUGAAAGACGAUUCUCCGAAGGCAGAAAGGAUCUGAAACUGCUGCAGAGAGCAUCCAGUUCUUUUGCCUUCAGGCAUGGAAAGUGUGCUGCCUGUCAAAAUUCUGCGGGUGAUAGUUUUCCCCUCCCCAAAUUAUUACAAACUGCAUAAAAUAGUCCAUGACAUCACAAAGCUCAGCAAUGAAUGGGCUCAGAGGCAAGAGAAUGACAGGCCACCCCCCCCCCCUUCCCCAUGUUGUAUUGGUUCUAAAUCAUUCAAAUUUGAGGUGCUGCUAUGAAGAAAUAAAUAAAUAAAUAUUUUCAUUUCUGUAGGCAACUGCUAGAAUAACCCAUAAAAUCUUGAGUGAGUCUACAGGCCAGAUCUUUUUGUGUGUGCGCGUGUAACAUCUUUAUUGAAAGUUCAAAAAUUACAUAACUAUAUGUGCACCAAACAUGGUGAGACACAAACAAAAAAGAGAAAGAGAAACAGAACCUGUGCA